AUGGGAAGAGCAGAAAAAUUUAGAUGUUUGGACAACACUAAUGUUAAAAAUUUGCUGAUAUUUUUUAAUAGUUCGAUAAUCUUUGCAUAAAUUAUAGAAAAUCUAAUAAUUAGCAGAGGACCAUUUAUAAUGACUUGUUUGAUUUUUGUGUUGGUAAUGCUAAUUUAUCAAGCAUUAUCGUUUUAUUUUAGAGCAAUGAGGAUAUAGCUUAUAAUAUACUCGUAAUAUUUUAUGCUUACACUGUUUUCGGUCGAAUUGUAAAUUGACACUUACUUUUUAAUUUUCUAAUAAUUAUCAAUAUUCGACACUGUGUUUUUCAAUAGAAAUGAAAAAAACAAAAUAGUGUAAAAUAUAUUAUUUUUCGGUGCAAUAGUUAUCAAUACAUAUGUAUUCCUUAGAGUGGGAUUUCAUAAUUUAUAUUUUACUGAUUUAAUAAAAGCACUAUGCCAAUCAUUCCUAUUGAAAUUAUUGCUGUAUCACUUCAGAUAGGAACAUGAUGUAUCAUUGAAGGAAAUACAAAAAUUAAACAAUUAAGAAUUGGAACCAUCGGAUCCAAGAGUUGGCAACGUGGAAUGUGAACCCUAGGAUGCUUCAAAGCUUUUUAAGACUUUCGAUGUAGUACCUGAAGGGAUAAUAAUACUCGAGAAGAAUGGGAAGGAGGAUUUCACAAUCAAAUAUUCAAACUCAGCAGCCAAAUAUCUAGUAGAUGCUGAUGAUCACGAUCAAAUGUUGUCUGAACUUCUGGAUCUUAGGAGUGUAUCUCCAAAGUAGAAGAGUGAAGAACAUCUCUAUAAAUAUUCAUUCAGCAUUUAAUCUUAGCAAAGUGUGAAAAGAAAUAGUUUUAAAAUAAUCCCAAAAUAAUAAUCACAUAUUAAAUCAGCCUUCAAAAUAUCUUAAUAAUUAAUCCUAGAGAAUCAAUCAAGCUCACAGAAAUAGGAAUUUCAAUUCCCCCCAGUCCAAAUCAUAUUUCCAGGUGCUCAAACUAAAACAGAAAAUAUCAAUCAUCCCAAUUCUCCUUCAAUUCAUUAUGCCACUCAACAUAAAAAAUCUUUAGACGAGAUAGAUUCUUUCCAUUUUCUUCUAACCUAAAUUUGGGUUUAAUUGCAUACUCUAGUUAAGGAGAAAAUAUUGAAUUACUAAAAUUAACCUCUCUAUUAUAUCCACGAAAGCAAUCCCUUUGUAACCAACAUUACAAAGUACCAGAAAAAACAAUGCUUGGAUCUUAAAGUCUAUAGUGCAAUCCAUUACAAUAAACCAUUGUUGGUUAUCAUCCUCAGAGAUGUUAAUCAUAAGGAUUAUAUUAAAGUAUUGAAGGACUACAAUUCAUAAAAAUCUAAGACUCUUUCAUUUGUCAGUCAUGAAUUUAGAACUCCCUUAACAUGCAUUAUACAAAUGCUUGAAGAGGUUAUUGAAAAUAGAAACAACUUGAAUUUGAGUGAUUAAUAACUUAUACAAUCAGCUCUAGAUAACUCUAAAUACAUACUCAAUCUCUCAAAUGAUUUAUUAGAUUUGGCAUAAAUCAGGGCUGGUAAAUUUAAGAUUCGAAAUGCUAUUUUCGAUUUGAGAUCUCUCCUUAAAGAAUGUCUUAAAAUGUUCGAAAUACAAGCUAUGAAAAAGAAUAUUUAAUUGAACUACUACUAUGAUAUGUCCUUGCCUACAGAAAUCUGGAGUGAUUUAAAUAGAAUAAGACAAAUUACAGUCAAUUUAAUUGGAAAUGCAUUAAAAUUCACUCUGGAGGGUUCCAUUACUCUGAGAGCCUAUCAAGAUGGAGUCAACGAAAUUUGCAUUGAAGUCAAAGACACAGGAGUGGGUAUGAGGGAAGAGGACUAACCAAAACUAUUCAAAGCAUUUGCUAAAAUUGAAAAUAAGGAGGCUAGUCAAAUGAAUGCUUAAGGUGUUGGAUUAGGGUUAUUGAUAAGUAAUUCGAUUGCUACUUAAUUGAAUUCUGAGUAAAGAGGUUUAGGAUUUAGAUCGGCCUAUUAAGAAGGUACCACAUUUUGCUUUUUGGUUACUAACAAUAAGUCAACCUAUAUAGAUGAAAUAGAAAAUUAUGAAGAUUCGAGAAAAGAUAUUGACUUUGAUUUAGAGACAAAGUUGAAUGAUUUUAGAAGAUAAUCGUAAAAUGAAAAGAAAUUUAUACUUCAAAAAAACUAUUGUGCUUGUCCUUAAAUUUUGUUGGUCGAAGAUAACCAAUUUAAUGUAGAUUCGUUUUUACUAAAAUUUCAUAGAACCUUUAAAUCCCUAGUCAAAAUAGAUUACACAAUCACUGGAUAAUUGGCUGAAUAAAAAGUGCAAUAAAGAUUUUUAAAAUAAUAGCACAUUUGUCAUCCUUAUAAACUUAUCUUUAUGGAUGUAGAGUUGCCAAUCUAAAAUGGAAUUGUGACAUCCAAAAACAUCAAGAAUUACUAUAGAGCAAUGAAUGCCACAGUUACAAUUGUUGGCUGCAGUGGAUAUGCCGAAGAAAAAGAAAAAAAAGAAUGCUUACAAUAUAUGGAUGAUUACAUUGUCAAACCAGUUCCUAAAUAAGAAUUAGAAAGAAUAAUGACUUCUUACUUUUUUAAAUGA